GGUAUGACUUGUGUGAUGCUUGGAAUCCUCUGUGCUUAGGAAGAAUCUAUGGUCUAAUUGGCAAAUUUGAAAUCCCGGACUGUGAACCAAAGUUGCUAAUAGUCAAGCAGCAGACUGUGGUGGGUGACUUGAGUGAUGAUCAUCCUGUAUAUAGGAUCGACCGUAUCGCUGUGCUGCCUCUUUCUUAUGCUGAACCUGAAGAACUCGCUUUGCAGCCAUGUUCGAAGCACCAUUUUGGAGUAGAUUCGAGCAAGGUGAAUCCCACUGCACCUGCGGACCAGCAGAAAGCUCUGCAGAAGACUUGGAACUCUUUUAAAUCUGUCGGCUCAGCUGCAGCACAACGCGUCAAACAACGACCUGUAACUAAAGAUGCCAAAGAGAAAGAGAGGUUUGAGAGAAGAAUCCUGGAGGAACUGCUUAAACUAUUCAAUGACUCGUUCUCCUUCUACUACUCACCCAUUGCUGAUUUGACCAACACUGUGCAGCGACAAUGCAAGAUGGCCAACAGUCAUGAGCCUUUGCUAUGGAAAUGUGCAGACGAUAGAUACUUCUGGAACAAGCACAUGCUACAAGAUCUGCUAAGUAGUCCCCAGGAUGAAGCACUGACAAGUCACUGGAUAAUGCCUAUUAUGCAAGGCUUUAUCCAGAUUGAGAGCUGUGUGCUGGACAUCAGUGAGAAUCACACACCAGAGGCUCCUGAUGUGAGUCCUAUUGACGCUCAUCCUCUAAUGCAGCCGGCUAGCUUCACCAUCAUUCUGAUCUCGCGUAGAAGUCGCCACCGUGCGGGCACACGCUACAGACGCCGAGGAGUGGACGAGGGUGGCUAUUGUGCCAAUUAUGUGGAAACUGAGCAGAUAAUAAAGUUUGGAAAACAUAUAGCAUCGUUCGUGAUCAUAAGAGGUUCAGUGCCGAUAUUCUGGAGUCAGCCUGGAUACAAAUAUCGACCACCGCCACGGAUAGAUCGUUCUGACCAGGAGUCACAGACGGCAUUCAAGAAAAACUUCAAUAUGGACCUUGCCAUCUAUGACAAGAUUUGCGUAGUCAGUCUCGUAGAACAGACUGGCAAAGAGAAGGUGAUCGCGGAUGCGUACAUGCACCACAUGCUGCUGCUGGACAGCGGCGACGUGGCGUACGUGUCGUUCGACUUCCACGAGUAUUGCCGCGGCAUGCGCCUCGAGAACGUCUCCGUGCUCGUCGCGUCGAUCGAAGACGAGGUGCGCACGAUGCGCUACUGCUGGCGCGACGACGCCGGCAUGAUCUGCGAGCAGCAGGGUGUGUUCCGCGUAAACUGCAUCGACUGCCUCGACCGCACCAAUGUCGUGCAGACGGCGCUCGCCCGGGCUGUCAUGGAGAUACAGUUUCGAAAGUUUGGACUGUUGCCACCUGACGAAGUGCUGCCGCCUAGCUGUAGGUUCCUGUACCAACAGCUUUGGGCAGACAAUGGGGACGUGCUUAGCCAUCAAUAUGCUGGAACUGCUGCACUAAAAGGCGACUACACUAGGACAGGUGAACGACGCUUCGCUGGUCUCAUGAAGGAUGGUUACAACUCGGCUAAUAGGUACUACCUAAAUCGAUUCAAGGACGCCUACAGACAGGUGACGAUAGAUCUGAUGCUUGGCAUUGCUGUGAGUGAAGACAUGCAGGCGCUGAGCAGCAAGACUCGCGCUGAGCCAGAAGAGGUGCAGUGGAUGCUGCACAAGAACGAGCACAUGAUGCAGAUCAUCAGUGAUGGCCGGAAACUGUUGGUACCAGAGAGUGAGGUGUGCCUUGGCGGCUGGGGCUUGAUUGACUGUGAUGAUGAUCCAGCAGAAGUUGAUGGUCAGGACAUGGACACCAUCUUGCUGCUCACCAACGAGGCAUUCUACGUUGCUGAUUACAUAGAGGAGAUGGACAAAAUUUCUCAGUUCCACAGAGUAGCACUUGAAGAUAUGUUGGAAAUGGAAAUUGGACCUGAGAGUUCUCUCUUUAAGAGUAAAAAAACAUGGUGUUUGCGCAUUAACUAUGCUCACAAUGGGGAGAGUGGCUAUUUCUAUACAUUUCGUUCCUCUACUACAAGAUUCUUCAAUAACAUGGCUAUCAGUAUUCGUAGCCCCGAGGAGGCAGCAGAAGCACUGGAAGCAAUCUGUGAGACAUUCACAGGAGCUGCAGCUCUUAAAUCAAUGGAGGUGAAAUACCAUAAAACAAAACUGAGUCGGAAACCUUCGAAGACACCAACGGGAGCUGUGUACAUUCUCAACCGUGCCAACUCCAGUAUAGAUGCAAAUUCGUCUCUUCCUGCCUCAAUUAUCAGGAAUCUCUCAGAAAACUCGCUCAUGCGAAAGUACAGCGUGUCCAAAGAUGCUGCAUCCAACUACAUUAGAACUGUCGGUAGAAAAUUUAUGGGCUACAACCCAAUGAAAAAGCGACAGGCUUUGGGCACUCCACCUACUAUAAGCUGGAACCGAGAUAAAGGCAAUGCCAAUUCAGUAAAGAUUGCAGUGCCUGGUAGUGCGCGUGACUUUAUCCAGCGCCCGGAGAGUCUAGUCUUACCUGCUCACGAGAGCAUGCGUAAUGCUUCUGGGGAAGAAGGGGAAGAUGUCGCCACGCGUCACGAUUAUUCGCUGAGUGAAGCGCCACCUGUUGAACGCGAAGCCGGCUCCAAUGAUGACAGCGGCAGUCGCGCGGACUCUACGAGCGAUCUCGACGCUAGAGGUCAGCAUGACGUCGCGCUCGCUGCCUCUCUGCAGGAGCCGUUCGUCUUUCACGACAAUCACUUCACCGCAUUCCACACAAGUCGAUCGGAUGAGUGCUUCCUCUCUCACGGCGCGUCGGACAAGCACACCGCCAACUGGUACAUCGGCAGCAAGGAGACGGUCAGCGACGAUGGCAGCGGCGUGGACGAGUUGACGCAGGACGCGCAGGACGCCGCCGCCGCGACGAUCGCACUAUCUCCCGUGGCGGCAGUCGACUUUGCACAGGAAACUGGGAGGUUGCCGCCACCAGGCGUCGUUCCCGUUCCCGACAUAAAGAUAACAGACGACAUGGUGACGUCACCUGGUGUGGAUCUCCCGGCUCCCCGGCCGGCGGCUGCCCAGCGAACCAGGUCCUUCUCGAAUCCCGAUCUGACGCACACGCAGGGCGACGCCGCGAAGUCACCGACUCAGGCUGUCGCAGACGUGGCGUCAUCUGUUGGCUCGUUCAUCAACCGCAACGUGUGGCAGAACAUGGCCUCUGCCGGGAGAAGCGCGCGGCAGCCGGGCGGUGUGACGGACGUGGCGCAGCAGCACGAGCUGCUGGAGAGAAUACGCAGGAGCACGACGCGUGUAGUCCAGCUCUGAACCGCAGCCGUCUGCGUUGCUGACGGCAGACAAUUGUCGGGUUGGGGUAGGUGGUCACUUGGGUCAGUGGGAGGUAUUCGCAUCAUGGCAGGUCUUGUAGCGGUAUCAGGAUUGACUCCUAGUACGGUUCAUAGACAAAAUCCAAAUUUGGACAAAAAACGUCUUUGCCAAUGAAUCGUCUAGUGUCUGUACUAGAGGAGUUUGCAUUAGUCAUGCAUGGCCUUUCUACAUAACCCGGUUUAAAUAGAGGACACCUCGUACCACACCUUGCUUACACACCUUGCACAUUGCAGUGCUCUUGUAUAUUAACUGAGUACGGAUGAAAGAAUAGUUUGAUUAGCACUCUGCAUAGGAAAUUUGUACCAUAGUGUUAUCAUGGUUUGUCCCGCUUUAUGACUGAGUAGCUCAAGCUGUUUAGUGCUCGUAAGCAAGUGGGAUUGAACUAUGGUGCACGUAAUUUUGCGUUUUUUAACGUAUUUUUAUCAAACUUGUGUUGCUGUUUUAUAAUAAGUCUGUGAUUUGCUUAUAAUCGAAAAUAACAUUUGAUAUUUUAGGAAUUUUAAAUAGCUGGCACGUGUGAUUCUUAAAUGUUACUGCAAUUCUGCUUUGCUGUGCACCUUGCAGUUCUGUGAUAAAGGUUGCGUUUACUGCUGUAAAUAGAGCUUCUAAGGUUAUACACUGAUACAAGCUAUUGUACUGAUGCGUUCGUGGAAUAGAGUUUUAUUUGCAGAGGUUUUUACUAGAUAGAUGCACACGGUUUCAGCAUUCACGCAUCUCACCAGACACUCACAUGCUCGAUCCAUUUGCUCAUUCGUGUUGUUGCAUAAUACGUUACAUUCUCGGGGUGAGUGCGCUUCAACAGCUAAACGUGUGUACCGCGCGAUGGUGCGUCUUAAUCAUCAUCUCAAACAGGAUACUUGAAUGUGAAUUCUGCGUUCCCCCAGUUUCAUUUUACAGCUGAAACAUGUUAUGCUUCACCUGUAAUUCUCAUUUAGAGGUGAAGUGAACACGCGGCUGUGAUUCAACCUGCUAUGUUCAGAGUAGAUGGUGUCGUGAAGGCAGCCUUGUACCGUAUUGGAUCCCGUUAAAUAAGUUAUUGUUGGACUAACUUGAAGUGUUGCUAAAAAUUGUAAUUGAUAUGCGGCCAUAUUGAUGUGACUGUUCGACAGACAAUCCAUAUAAUUUGUAUUAAGAAAUAAGCUAGAGCUGUCCUAGUGCCGUUUUAUGAACGUUUACAUUGAUCAUAUUAAGAGCAUGUUAAGACUAAUUAGUUCUAAUUAAGAAUUAAUUAAUAUAUUCUUGAUUGGAUCUAUGUGGUGAACGGGAACUUUCGAAAUCGUGAUAGUAUUACUCGUUUACGGUGUAAUGGUCCUACUUAAUUUCAGCUGAUGCCAGUGUGCUUGUGUUCUAUAAUUGUGUUGUUUAUAUCAGGAGUGAAUAAAAAAACAUUUGUUUUCAUUCACUCCUGUUUAUAUAUAUACGUACUGAAUUCCGAGUGAAAAUUCAUAGAAUUAGUGGGUAUAAGUACACGUGCGACCGAAUGUCUACUAGUGAAACUAAUUUAUAUAGUUCACCCUUCGUCCCAUGCAAGCAACUGGACGUUGAAUAGUUUAUAUGACGUGGUAGAACGAAGAGGUAGCUUACAGAUGUGCGUGCGGUGCGAGGAAAGCAUCGUGAGUAGACUGUGUCGUAAUUGCAACACCCCGCAAUGCGUGAAUGUCACCGGUACUAUUUUGUGCAUUAUAUUCACCUUUAUUUAAUCGUUAGGCGGUAGUAUUAGUUUAUUGUUUUUUGCGUCGUUUGACUCGAUAGUCUUGUUUGUUCGCCGGAUAGACGUUAUUUUGUUAAUGUAAAAUACUCAUUCGUCGCUGUAAUAAGUAUGUAUAAUUUGACAUUUAUUAACUGUUUGUAUAUAUUGUAAACUUCGUAUCAGACGACAGGGCUUUUUAUCAUGAAUAUAUCAUAAAUAUAUGUAUACUCUAUACGAAUAUAUACUUGUAACCAGAAUUAAGUGAAUAAAAGCAGUAGUUUUUUUAUUCACUCGUGGUGUAACAUGUAAACAUAUAUGUAAUAGUGUACAUAUAUAAGCGUACAGUAUAGAUAUGUUCAUGAUAAUAUCAGGAUGUAUAAUAUAUUAUACACUCCUGAUAAUAUGAUAGUAUGUAAACCAUUCUCGUUACAGAUGGUUUCCUAGCUGUCUCACCUUGUCUAAUUCGCAUGGUAACAGCGCAUCCUCGCUUACAUAAGCAAAGUAGGAGGGGGCGCUGCACUCUCAUUUACUCUAGGGUCCCUGUAUACAGAGAGUUGCGCCAUGACGAGUCGGAAAAAAUCGCUCACGUGAUCGCUGG